AUGGCGCACGACGAGGAGCUCCAGCUCUUCGACCAGUGCAAUAUCUGUAUCGUCUGCUCAAAGGAUCUGUCUUCAGAGACAGCACAGCAGCUCGCGACAACCGUCAGCCAGAACAGCGGCGAGAUCUCCAUCGUCGAAGAGCACGUGGAAUUUGAGAAUAUCGCCCAAUUCACCCACAUCAUUUCCAACACCAUCGACUUCAAAGACUACCAGACUGCUUGCGACGCGCUGAUUCCCGUCGUGAAACCGCAGUGGGUGCAGACGUCGCUCGCGAAGAAUAAGCUGGCCAACCCGCGCCAGUACAGUCCUGAUCCUCGCCUCUUUUUGAACGAUGUGGUGGUCGCCUGCGGUGAUAUCCCAGAGGGAGACAAAGAUGCUAUUAUCGGCGGAGUGUUGGCUAAAGGCGGGAUUUACAGCCCUCGAGUCACUCUGAUGGUCACGCAUCUCGUGGAUCUAAGUGUUGAUUCUGAUAAGGCGCGUCUUGUGAAAGCAAAGAAGUUGAAUAUUAAGAUUGUGCUGCCACACUGGUUUGAUGACUGCUUGAAACUCGGUCGACGCAUUAUCGAGACGCCUUACCUGCUUCCCGACCCGGAAAUUCUGCGCGCUGGCCCCAAUGUGCCCAUUCAGUGGCACGAGAACAAAGAUCUGGUCGGUGCAUCUACACCAGAUCCGCCCGGGCUGCCCACCUCAUCAGCCCGUGAGAACCAGCGCAGCGUUUUCGACGGGAAGCGUGUCAUGCUGUCCUCAGAUCUCGGUAUUGGUCACCGUCUGCAAGAAAGCAUUGAAGCGAUCAUCGAACACGGAGGCGGUACAAUCACGUCGGACGUCUAUGAUACGGAUAUUCUGAUUUGCCGUUUUCGUGAAGGUGUGUCGUAUCGGACAGCAUCCAGACUGCAUAAAGACGUUGGCAACCUCGCCUGGCUUUAUCGUCUUAUGACCUUCAAUAUGUAUACAUCGCCAUUGCGCCGGCUUCUUCACUACCCCGUUGAUCGCUCUGGAAUCCCUGGUUUCAAGGGACUGAAGAUUAGUCUUUCGAACUACGUCGGUGAGGCGAGGAUUUACUUGGAAAAUCUGAUCGCAGCGGCCGGUGCUGAGUGCACCAAAACACUCAAACAAGAUAAUACACACCUUAUCACAGCUCAUGGAAACAGCGAGAAAUGCAGUGCAGCUCGGGAAUGGGGCUUGGAGGUGGUCAACCACCUAUGGCUUGAAGAGAGUUACGCGAAGUGGAAGAUGCUACCAACCUCUGAUCCGCGAUAUAGCCAUUUCCCACUGCGAACAAAUCUCGGAGAAGUGGCUGGCCAGACGCCUCUAAACCGUGAUGUCCUCGAGCAGGUGUUUUUCCCAUCCGAAGACACCGUUCUUCCAAGUCCCGGCCGCCCUGUGAUGCAGAAUAAGGACCAGAAUACAACCUCAAUACAGCCUCCCCCGAAAGGACACAUUGCGGACGAAGGCAUUGCAGACACGACGCACGGCACUCCACAGACAAAUGGAAAGUCUCGCCGGCUUUCAGAUACCAGAAAGACGCCUGCGCGAUCCCGGCUCGUCCCCGAGGGUAAGGAGAACGAUACCCCGUCAUCGACCAGUAGCCGCAGGUCCAAGGAUGCAGCUACAGCCCGACUCCACGAAAUCGCUCCAGACAUCGCGCUGUACGAGAAAGAGAAGAAGCGCGUGGGAGGGGUCGUGUACGGGGGCCGACGCAAGUCGGACGAGGACCGUGUGUCUGAAAAUAAGAAACGGCGAUCUGCGGAAGCUCCGGACGAAAGCGACGGAGAGCAGACAGAUUCCAAGCGCCAGAAGAAGUCCCGGCCGCCAAUUGCGAUGCAUCUCUUGAUUACCGGCUAUCAGAAGUGGGUGGGGAAUAUGAAGAAGGAAGAUGCAGACAAGCGACACCUCCGAGACCUUGGAAUCAUGGUUGUCCAAGACGCUCGCAGAUGUACUCAUCUCGCAGCGCCGUCGAUCCUGCGAACCCCAAAAUUCGUCAACGCCCUGGCGUAUGCACCCGCAAUCGUCAACAUCGAAUUCAUCACCAGCUGCCUCAAGAAGAACGAGCUCUUGAACCCCGCAGAUUUCCCGCUCAAGGACCAAGAGGCCGAGACCAAGUUUGGAUUCUCUCUUGCUCAUGCCGCAAAACAAGCAAAGAAGAACAGGAACAAGCUCCUGCAGGGCUAUCGCAUCUACUGCGUCGAGAGCAUCCGCGGCGGAUUCGAGGCGUUCCAGUCCAUUGCGCAGGCGAACGGCGGAGAAUGCUCGCUCUUCCGGGGUCGUCUCCAGCUCGCCAAGCACUCCCGGCGGGAAGAAAGCGAUGACGAAGACAGUGAGAUGGAGGACGAGCCCGUCAAGGAUGAGGUCUUUCUGCUCAGCAGCCUGGCGCCCGAGCAUACGCGCCUGUGGCCGCGGUUCCGGCAGGUGUCGCAUGAUAUCAAGAAAACGCCGCGCAUCGUGCGUGUAGACUGGCUGUUGGACAUGGCCAUGUCGCAGGAGACACGAGCCGCAGACGACUAUGAGCUGACAGAGGAGAUGGCGGGGAAGGCGGAUGAGAUGGCU